AUGUACAGGUAUACUUAUGAAAAGGAACAACAGCGACUUCAAUAUUUGUUUGAAACAGUCACCAUCACAGACACUGAGUCGGACCAUGAUUCUGACGAAGAUGAGAUUUCCAGUCAUCAGUUAGAAAGUUGUUCCUCCAACCAAAUUAUCGACAAAGGUGAAGAAUAUUUGGAUUCCGAAUCGGACUGUGAUGAAGCAGAUUUUGUUCAGGAGCCUCUAGAAGCUCAUGGUUCAAACGAAGAAGCUAACAUCACAUAUUUUGAGCCACCACUCAACAAUACCCUAAGUUUUUUGGGUAAGGAUAAGCAAACAAGAUGGAAAAAAGUUUCUCCCUUACCGAAGAAUACUAAGACUAGAUCUGAGAAUAUCAUAGAAGUAUUGCCAGGACCAAGUACAUACACAAAAAACUUGAAAACUCCCAUAGAAAUUUGGAAAUAUUUUUUUUCAGAAUAA